AUGAUUCACUCAGUUCUGAUAUUUAACAACGACGGUGUCCCCAGACUCAUCAAGUUCUACACCCCGGUAGACAUACAGACUCAGAGGCUGCUUCUCCACCAGGUGCACCAAUUGGUGAUAGGACGGUCGUCAGUGCAAUGCUCGUUUCUUACACCUCCUCCUCUGCUGCAGGGUUACGAUGACAUCAAGGUGAUAUACCGUCGCUACGCCACGUUGUACUUUGUAUUCAUAGUGGAUGAGCAGGAAUCCGAGCUGGGCAUACUGGAUUUGAUCCAGGUAUUUGUGGAGGUGUUGAACACCUGUUUUGAGAACGUGUGUGAGCUGGAUCUUGUUUUUGGAUGGCAAGUGCUGGAAACCGUGUUAGAGUAA